UAAGGGCGGGCACCGGAGCCGCGCUUCCAGAGGCGGGGUCUCCCAUGCAAAUAAGGGGCGUGGGUCGGCGGGGCGGGGCGGGAGGGGCGCUGACCUGACGUCAGGCCUGCGGCCCGGGCAGUUGGCUCGGCGGCGGCGAAGCGGCAGGAGCAGCGGCGGGAGCGGGGCCGCGCGGCGGGGCGCGGGGAGCGGCGGCGGCCGAGCCGGAGCAACAUGGCGCCGGUGGGCGGGGGCGGGCGCCGGGGCGGCGGGCCGGCCCGAGGGCGCCUCCUCCUGGCGACGCUGCUGCUGCUGGUGCUGCUGUGGGCGCGGGGGGCCCGGGGUCAGAGCGACCCCCAGCGGGGCGCGAUCCUGGGCAUGAGGCUGGCGAGCUGUAACAAAUCGUGUGGGAUGAAUCCGGAUGGCAUCAUCUUCGUGUCCGAGGGCAGUACGGUGAACCUGAGGCUGUACGGCCAGAGGCUGGGCUCCAUCUCCAGCAACCUGAUCUCCUUCACCGAGGUGGACAACUCCGAGGCCACCCACAACUCCACCAACUGCCCUGAGCUCACCAAGGACCUGGUCGUCCAGCAGCUGGUCAACGUGAGUCGAGGGAACACGUCCGGGAUGCUGGUGGUGCUCACUAAGUUCCUCCGGAGGAGCGAGAACAUGAAACUGUAUGCACUGUGCACCCGGGCUGGGGUGGACGGGCCCUGGCAGAGGUGGACCGAUAAGGACUCGCUGCUCUUCAUGGUGGAGGAGGCUGGGAGGUUCCUGCCCCUCUGGCUGCACAUCCUCCUCAUUAUGGUGCUGCUGGUGCUGUCGGGCAUAUUUUCUGGUCUCAACCUGGGGCUUAUGGCCCUGGACCCCAUGGAGCUGCGCAUCGUGCAGAACUGUGGCACCCAGAAGGAAAGGCGCUAUGCCCGGAAGAUCGAGCCCAUUCGGCGCAAGGGCAACUACUUACUCUGCUCGCUGCUCCUGGGAAACGUGCUGGUCAACACCUCCCUCACCAUCCUUCUAGACAUCCUCAUUGGGUCUGGACUCAUGGCGGUGGCCUCCUCCACCAUUGGCAUUGUCAUCUUUGGGGAGAUUGUACCUCAGGCCUUGUGCUCCCGACACGGGCUGGCAGUGGGUGCCAAUACUAUCAUUCUCACCAAAUUCUUUAUGCUUCUCACCUUCCCCCUCAGUUUCCCCAUUAGCAAGCUACUGGAUUUUGUUUUGGGCCAGGAGAUUCGCACUGUUUACAAUCGGGAGAAGCUGAUGGAGAUGUUGAAGGUAACGGAGCCCUAUAAUGAUCUGGUGAAAGAGGAGCUAAAUAUGAUCCAGGGUGCCCUGGAGCUACGGACCAAGACCGUGGAGGACAUCAUGACCCAGCUCCAAGACUGCUUCAUGAUCCGCAGUGAUGCCAUCCUGGACUUCAACACCAUGUCGGAGAUUAUGGAAAGUGGCUAUACCCGCAUCCCCGUGUUUGAAGACGAGCAGUCCAAUAUUGUAGAUAUUCUCUAUGUCAAAGACUUGGCCUUCGUGGAUCCUGACGACUGCACCCCCCUCAAGACCAUCACCCGCUUCUAUAACCAUCCAGUGCAUUUUGUCUUCCAUGAUACCAAGUUGGAUGCCAUGCUGGAGGAGUUCAAGAAGGGGAAGUCCCACCUGGCCAUCGUGCAGAAGGUGAACAACGAGGGUGAAGGUGACCCCUUCUACGAGGUGCUGGGCCUGGUCACCCUGGAGGAUGUCAUUGAGGAGAUCAUCAAAUCUGAGAUCCUGGACGAGUCGGAUAUGUACACUGACAACCGAAGCCGGAAACGAGUAUCUGAGAAGAACAAACGUGACUUCUCAGCCUUUAAGGAUGCUGACAAUGAACUCAAGGUGAAAAUUUCACCUCAGCUACUUCUGGCGGCUCAUCGCUUCCUGGCUACGGAGGUUCCCCAGUUCAGCCCCUCUCUAAUAUCCGAGAAAAUCCUGCUUCGCCUGCUCAAGUACCCAGACGUCAUUCAGGAACUCAAGUUUGAUGAGCACAACAAAUAUUACAUUCGCCAUUACCUGUACACCCGAAAUAAGCCGGCCGACUACUUUAUCCUCAUCCUGCAGGGGAAGGUGGAGGUGGAGGCCGGGAAGGAGAACAUGAAGUUUGAGACAGGCGCCUUCUCCUACUAUGGGACCAUGGCCUUGUCCUCGCCCACCUCUGUGCCUUCAACCCAGGUCGGGUGUCCGCCUGGCAAGCGGAACUCCCUGCUCUCCUGGCUCUCAGACCACUCCCCAUCCCACCCCACCACCCUCAGUCGCUCAGCCUCCCUCAGUUACCCGGACCGCACGGAUCUCACGAACACAGCUACCUUGGCAGGCAGCAGCAACCAGUUUGGCAGCUCCAUCCUGGGCCAGUACAUCUCUGACUUCAGUGUCCGGGCGCUCAUGGACCUCCAGUACAUUAAGAUCACUCGGCAACAGUACCAGAAUGGGCUGCUGGCCUCACGCAUGGAGAACUGCCCUCAGUUUCCCCUGGAUGGCUGCACCAUCUGCACAGAGAACUUGGCCGGGAAGGCUGAGCUGCCUGUGGUAGAUGAGACCACGACUCUUCUCAAUGAGCGCAACUCUUUGCUGCACAGAGCUUCCCAUGAGAGUGCCAUCUGACAGGAGGGCCCGGGGCCCCCCGCCAGCCCCGCGGGGGUCUCCCCAGUGGGCCCACAUGAAGAUAGGGAGCCUGUUAGGCCAGGAGGGGUGCAGAUAGCCUGUCUAACUGAGCAGCCAGAUGGCCCCCAGAGUGUGGGGGUUUUGGCCUCCGACAGGGACCUCUGAACAACUCUGAGGUAGCGGCUGCCCAGUUCUAGACUGGCAGGGCAGUGGGCCAGCUACCAUGAGCGAGGCUGUUUUUUACUGAGAGAAUUUCUGAACUAGGCUCACUGCUCCUCUUUUUAAAUAUUGUUUGGGGAAAGGAAUGGGGAAGGUAAGACAGGGUUAAGGAACUUUAUUUAAAACGAUUUUUUUCCCCAUAAAAACUUUAAUUAAAAGGGGUAGGGUUUCUCACCCCAGGAAGCAAUAGCCAUAAUCUGCUCCCAGCCGUGACCUUCUGGCUUAUGUCCCUGACUCAGGGAGCCCACUCUUCCUCCUCUUCCUCCUCUCCCUCCUCCUCCUCCAGAGAGGGGAUCCUAGAGGCCCACUGGAGGAAGGUUUUCUCUCGGGAGGAAGAUAGUUCCUUUCAGGAAACAACCAAAUAGCGCUGAGAACAACUGCCUGGACACAUGCACUGAGGCUUGUCUGACGUUGCUGAGGCUGAAGGAUUCUGGGUAACUGUGAUGAGGGACAUGGUACUCCCAGCUACAGAGAGGAGCACACCUACUCCUGUCAAUCGCUGGAUCCUGGAAUUUCCUAGAACUCUGCUGAUGGGCUCUUCUGGUGAGUUGGGCUAGGCUGAGGAUUCUCACCCCUGUCUCCACUGGUUUGACUCAGAUCAGGGUCUCACACCUUGAAGAUCACUUACCCCUGCUCCCCAGGCCCUGCCCUUACUUUUACCAAAGGUUUCCCCCUAGGCGAGAGAGCAUCUGUCUACAUUACGGGUGACUUGUCUGAGAUACUCCUUUCCAUUCCAGGAGGGAAUCUGGUCAUGGGCAUCUGUGUUGUUAGCAAUUAAUACAUCCCCCUUCCCACCCCACAAUGUUAAGUCAAGUGUCAGUCACUGACCUAUGAAGCCCUUCUUUCCUGACUCCCUGCUUCUCAUCCCCAAACCCCAAUGCCUCUUGGGGAUUGAGGACAACAGGACACAUAGGAAGCCAACCUAAGGUUCUUCAUGCCCUUUCCUGUGUGGCUGAGGCUUACCCAACCCUGUUCACACAUGUACAAAACCCAGGAAAGGAAGUUUCUUCCUAAAAGGCACACAGCUGGCAGCCCUGUUGCCCCAUCUUUGUAAUCCUAGCCUGAGUUGUCAUCUUGGCCUUGGCUCAAGCUGGUGGUACUGGAACCCGAGAGCUCCGUCCCCACAUGGAGUUCUGCCCAGGCAGUUUUUCCUUGGGGCUGAAUUAGGCCUUGCUGCGGGGCUCCAGGCUUGCCACUGUUGGGGAGGCUGUGGGACCAAGGUCCAUGUUGGCCCUUUCAUCAGGUGAAACAGGUGCCCAGGGCCCAAGAUCAGGCGAGGGAGACUUGCAAGCCUUCCACCUAAGUAGUAUUUAUUGACCCUUUCUUCAGUCAGUGACUUCUGUCACCCCAAGUACUCUAUUCUUCAAGCGCCUGGAGAAUCCUAACUCUUGGGACCAGGAAAUGUCUUGUACCAAAUAUACUUGCCUGGCCAGUUUAAAGUCUUCCCCAGUCACAGAAUUUAUUCGUAAAAGUCUGGAGAGAAAGUGGGAAUACCCAUGGGUUCUCAGUCAUGAGAAAAAUAGACACUAGACCUUUAUUACCUGUUGGGGGAAACCCCUCAGUUUUCUACAGGAGCAGCUUGCUUUCUGAGUCCGCACGGGAGCUUGCAAAGCUGUGUUCCUGAGAGACCUGAGUGCCAGGUGGAGCAGACCGUAUUGGCCUGAACCAAGUGAGUGUGUGUGAAGUAAAAGGAGCAGGUGCACACACUUCCACAGCUACCUCUUUGCACACACAGUUACUACCAACAGAUGGUCCCUCCUCCCCCUCCCUUUUCCCAUUUAUAAUCACUUCUUGCAGAGGGUCAUAAUUAUUUCCAAAUAAUCCUGGUCCGAUGACUUCCUCCUCCCAGUGCAAUUUUUCACUUCCUAUUCCAACCUCUGGUUCCUGGGCUGAGCCAUACCCUGGAACUGGCCCACCCCUGCAUGUCUUCCCAUGUAAGGGAGACCUUUGUAAAUGGCCUCCAAAUGGGUAGGCAAGUCACAGCCACCGUAGCAAAUAACUCCUAUUUAUUUUGCAUAAGAUUUUAAUUUGUAUAUUUUUGUGAUUUAUUUUGGCAUUGUUAUGAGUUUGACUCUCGGGGAGUUUUGUUGUAUGACUCUUGUGUCUUUUGUCACAAGACAAUGAUAAUAUUUGCUAAACAAUAUAUGGAAUUUAUUUUUGAUUGGUAAUAAAAAAUGAAAUAUGAAAUCUUGGUGAGUCUAUAAUUUGCCUCUUUGAGUUCUGUCAGUAUUUGGUACCUGUCAUAAAGAUAGUGGCUGUGGUGGCUGUCACCUAUGACAGGGUAAGGGGCAAGUAUUCUGGCAGUGUUUAAUAGUAAAAAGGAAAGCAGAAAUGAAAUUUACAAAAUAUGUGUAAUCAAGGCUAUUGUCACAGGAGCUAGAGAGUGCCAGCUGCUGUUAGAUGUACAGGGCAAAUGUGCUCAACUGCAACAAUGAGGGGUCUUGUCAAAAUGGACACCAUAGUCUUCUGCCUACGGGUACUGGAGGGGGCAGUCAGCAUGGGCAAGUCGCCCCUUCUCUCUCCCCUGAGGGCCAAAGGAGAAAGUUUUAUCCAAAAGUAUGAUCACAUUGUUUCAUAACAUGCAGUCGCCUUUUUGUCCUUGCCCAUGAAGUUGGUGGAGGACUCAAAGUUGGAGAGCUCAUCCCCUGAAGAGCCCACCUGAGAGUCGCCUCACUGCAUCCACUCUUGAGGUUUCUGCUGGGUAGACUUGCGCAGCGCCCAUAGGUGCUGUGGCUGUGGUAAUCGAGUGUGCUGAGGCUAGAGGCUCAAGCAAGCCAGGCUUAACAGAGCAGACAAAUGUGGGGAAUAUUUAAAGGGGAGAGAAAAGGACAUUCCAGAUAAAAUAGCAGAUGCAAAAGCUUGUGUAUAGGGGGACACGAGAAUAAAUUUCAUCUGACCAUAUGUUCCACACAUGUUUAAGUCCCUGCUACAUGCCAGGUGCCACCAACAACUCAAUGAGUUUGGUGAGGAAGAGUCCCUGAGGGAGAUAGUCACACCAGAACCUUCUGAUCUCCUGUGUCCUCCACAUGGAACUCUUCUCCCAGGUCUUUGUGAGGCUCACCCCCUCACUUCAUCUAAGUUUCCGUUCAAAUGCCACCUCCUUGGAGAAGACUUCCCUGGUCACCCCAUCUAAAACAGCAUGGACCCAGUCCCUCUGUCCAUUUCCUCAACUUGCUUCGUUUUGCUCCAUAGCAUUUACUGCCAGACAGUAAAAUGAGGAUUUAUGUGUGGUUUGUUAUUCCCACACUAGAACCUAAGUUCCAGGAGGGCAGGGCCUUUCUCAUUCCCACAUGGUACCAGCACUAGAAUGGUACCUGGUACACUGUAGGCACUCAAUGCAGGAAAUACUUGUUGAAUGAAUGAAUGAAUGAAUGAACGGGUCUUACAAGAAGGUAAGUAUUGGAUGCUGUUGGGGAAGAGCACAUAGCUCCCAUAACCUUGACCCAAUCUAGUCAAGAGAUGGUAGAGGAAGACUGGCUGGAGUAAACGACACUUGCAGACUUGAGAAAUAAGCAGGAAUUUGCCAGUGAAGUCACAUUAGUUAUGAGUUUGAAACUCAAGAAUAAGUAUUUAGAUGAAACAUGGGAAUGUUUUGAACCAAAUGAGCAGUAAGGAAAAUGGCCUGGAGAGGAUCAAUGAGAGACCUGAAGGUCAAGUGGCAUGUAUCUCCACUGAUGCAGUGACUACCCAGGGGAGGGGGGCAAAGAAUGGUACAGAGCCAACAAAGAAAGAAGCUGGUGAAGUACUCUUGCGGCCUCUUAACAGAAAAUCACUCCUUGAGCAUCUUUGCCCUACUGGAUUCUUUUUGUCUUUGGGUAUACACAAUUUAAGUGAACAUUUGUUUUCCGAGUGCAAUCCAAUUGUCCUACCCA